GCCUGACAGUGGCCAUAUGAAACGGUAUGCUGCGAAUGCUGCCAGCAAAUAGGUUAUCUACGUCACUCCCCGAUGUCGUUGUCGUUGUGUGUAGACCCCUAUAAAAGAGGCUACGGGGCAGUCAAAUGUCUCGUAAAGGAGCUUCCUCCGCUUCUAAGUCAAAACAGAUCCCGCGAAUAUUUCAACGUCGUCGAAGUACAAGUACAGGCCGCGGUUGGACCCUUGCGGAAUCCGGAGUAGCAGUGCGGAUAAGUGAAGCCUCGCAGACGAGUUUCCUCUCCGGUUUCCAGGAGGAACACAAAAGAGAAGAAGGUAAAAAAGGAAAACAGAAAGAAACAAAGGAUGUGGAGGGUACCGGGAAUAUCGUUAGGUCCUGGACCUCUUGCCAUCCUAUCACCAGUAUUCUGGAUGAACAGGCAGAUUCUAGUGAGAAAACCGCGGAUGCGGAAACAGUAGCUGACAUUGAAAAAUGGUUGAAGACUCGAACCGAAUCUGUUUCCAGUAUGGACCUGGACACGAUCAAGUCCGAGGUCGAGGAGGGAGUAGACCGGUACUUGGGCGAUGAACUACCGCAUACUUUUUUGGGGAAAGACCCUGAUGUCCUUUCCAUAGGUAUAGAUCUCUCUGACAAGAAGCUUACUCUGGGUUACGAUCCUCUGCUGCAAGAAUUACAGAGUGAGAAGCUAUUGGAGGCAUGCGAGAAAGAUGAGUUUAUACUCCCAGAAUUUCAAUUGGAUCAUUUAGAUCCAUUGGCACUAUCACCUGAUGAUAUGAUGGUGGCUGGAGAGAUUUUACCUUCAACGAGUACUCACCUCACAUUGAAUGUUGAAACGAGUAAUAGUCCUGAGAGUUCGCUCCAUAGAACAGAACAAGACGAUGGUAGUAUAGUACAGGAAGAUGAUAAUGGUACUGAGGAUCAAGAUCUUUGUGAUAAAUCUACGCAAGUAGAUGUGAAUGAUUUACCUCCAGGAGUCGAAAAAGCUAUAAAGCCUAAUUCCAGCCAAGAAACUACAUUGAAAUCAGAUACUGGUCAUUCAAGGAACAUUAUGAACGUUUAUGUAGAGGCAGUAGGUUCUGUGGAUCUUGACACAAGCUCGGUGAGCCAAUCAGUAGAUGUUGAAACUGAAGAGAAUUCUACAAAUUACCAAAAACUAAAAUUAAAAACAAAAUUGAAACCUAGAAUAAUAAAAAAACGCAGAAAAAGCGACAAGGCUAAUAGAAACUCAAUAAAGUGUAUUAAAGGUGAUAAUCCAUCAGAAUCAAAGGAUGGUAUAAUGGCAGUUGUUGCUAUAUCUACUAAUAAAGUUUCAAACAUGACUCAAAUUGUGAUCAAUACUGGUAAGGAAGAACAAAUCUAUCAAGGAAAAACCUCGGAGCUAAUAGAAGCAACAGGAAAUUUUCCUAAACUUCCAAAAAUUGAUGCUGGUGCUGCUUGGAAUAGUUCUGCAGAAUGUAAUGUGGAUGGAUCGCCAAAUAACCAACAUGAAUUGGUAAUAUCAAAUGCCCUAGAAGAGUUAGGCAUUACCGAUGAUACAUUACAACCAAUAUCCAUUACUGAACAUGGAAAAGUCUGGCUGUGUCCACGUGAAGAUUGUAGCCGUCAAUUUAGCAGACUUUAUGCUCUCAAAGGUCAUUUAUUGGCUCAUUACGGAGUUAGACCAUUUAAGUGUGACUUCGAGGGAUGUUCCUGGGCAUUUUAUUCAGAGUUUAAAUUAAAAAGGCACAAAGAAACACACCUGAAGCGGAAAGAUUACGUUUGCGAGGUUGAGGGAUGCAAUCGUAGAUUUACUACAGUAUAUAACUUGUGGAGUCAUGAAAAAUUGCACAGCCGUCCAAACAGAGUAGUGUGCCACGUGCCAGGCUGUCAAGAAAAGUUCCAAACAAAAAGAGCACUAGAAUUGCACAUGAAAUCACAUGACCAGAGUCACGCACCAUAUGUUUGCAAGCAUGAAGGUUGUGGCAAAAGGUAUUACAGUAGUAACGCUUUAACAUCUCAUCAGAGAUGUCACAGUUACAAAGAAGUCGACAUUAAAUGUUCCUGGCCUGGCUGCGGGAAAGUAUUUGAUAAGCCCUGCAGACUCAAAGCGCACAUACGUUCCCAUACAGGAUGCAAGCCCUACCUCUGCACUUUCCAAGGAUGCCAAUGGGCUUUCUCUUCAUCUAGUAAACUAAAGAGACAUCAGAAGAAACACACGAACGAACGGAAGUUUGUAUGUGACGUAGCAUCCUGUGGAAAAGCAUUCAUGAGGUCUGAACACCUCAAAGAGCACAGAUUAACGCACAAGGAAGGUAGAUACUUUCAAUGUUAUUUGUGCGACGCAAGAUUCUCUGCCAAGAGCAGUCUCUACGUUCAUAUAAAGAAACAUCAACUUAAAGAUAACGGCAGCACUGUAUCCCGUGUAUCCAACGCUUCUAAAAAUCUUAGCAAAAAAGAAUCUCACUGUUCCAGAGUAAAUCCCAUCGCGAAAACAAAAAAGAUGUUAAGUAUACUUGAUCCAGAUGGUUCUUUUGAAGAUGUUCAAGCAGAAAAUCAAGUUCAAAUAACGGAAAUGACUGAAAAUGAAGAAGGAAUUCCUAUAAAAUCCGUGGAAGAAAUUUCGAUCGAUGCUAUCGACCUGGAUCAGGGUCUGUCUAGUCCAGAACAACUAAAAACCCUGUAUCAUUGUCCUGUAGAAACUUGCACUAGAUCCUAUACUACUAAGGCAACGUUAAGAGCGCAUAUGCUCAAGGUUCACGGAACUUCAGUUGGAGUUUGCGAUAAAACUUUAAAGAGAAUUUCCACCACGUCGGUAUCAAACAUGGAUUACAUACUGUACACCGCUCCUUGUACAGUUCCGCAACCAGCAGACGAUUCUCAGAUGAUAAUGGUAGCUUCUUGUGAUGCCUUGAUACUUAGCACGUCUCCGGAAAUAGAACCAAGUCUACCUGAACCGGAACCGCCACCGCUGAAUUCUGUGUUAAAAGUCUCACAAAGCUCACAUUAUCCAUCUAUUCGCAAUCAAACAAGUGAUGAACAACAAGAUCAGCAACAAAGUAAACGGAACCAAGGUUCAGCAAGAACUGGAUUGACUUGUGCCGAUGUAUGGAAAUUAAAAACGAACGGUACAAUAAUAAACUCGGUUGUAGGAGCUACGGACGUUGUGUUAGGUGCUGCAGGUUUAGGAGAAGGUUUACUUCUUACAGAAGAAUUGCCAUCUAUGUACUAUGAGGAUGAUAUAGUAGGAACGGAGUGUCAGGUGCUGUUACUGGAUUCCGGACCACCAGAGAGUACGAUUAACUUGCGUGAUCUCGAGUAAAUUUGAGCUUCUAUUAAAGUAGAAGCUAUGGGUGAUUGUUAUUUCAAAUGUAGUAUAGAUUUUGAUAUGGUCUGUGAUCAGAAGACUCAAUUCAAUACCACCUAACAUUAAUUUCUACUACAGCCCAUAAUUGCUUUAAAUCGUUAUUCUAUUAAUAAAUUGUUAAUAUUUUUCCAUAAAAA